CCGUUCCUUCAGUUGAAGCAAAUGGCGUCGUACAGGUGGAGAUCGUUGCGUCAAAUUUCACAAAUCAUGAAUGAAUUCUAAGUGCCGUCGCGCAUUUCUCAUGAAUUGAGGGUAUCGCCAGCUCCGAUACUUGUCACAUGACAAUAUAUUUGGAUCAACGUUUUCAGUAUUCUGCAACAAGGUGCAUAUCAAAUCAUGAACGAAGUAAGCGGAGGAAAGCAGGAUGUACCCAAUACCUCGAAUUGGGAGGCCUUAUCGGGGCAGUCGGUGCCAGCCAUGCACCAUCACCAUCAGGCGCUGCAGCAGGAUACAAAUUCAACAGUAGCACAAGUUAUAGUUCCUACGCCUGUCAAGCUCCAAACACCCAUAUUGACGCCUGCGCAAACCGUAACCGAUCACUGUCCGCAACUCGGUCAUAUACAACAACCGCCUCUUAUAGCUCAGGUUGUACCACCAGGAAGUUUUCCGGAGCUCGAGUUAUCUCUGGAACUUCAACAGCAAGGCUGGAAGAAGUUUUGGAGUAAACGAGAAAGUCGGCCGUAUUUCUGGAACAAAUUGACUGGAGAAUCUCUGUGGGUAGUACCUUCCCUGAAACCUCAGUUUGAUCCGAUUACGGACCCACUUGGCAUUUGUGGUGUGCCACCUCCGCCUGGAAAUGGAACCAUUCCAGCUACACCAACUGCUACAUUAAAACGAAGAGCAUCGGAGGAUGGAGCUGUACCACCGGCAAAGAAAUUUGUAUUGGCGGGUCCAUGGGAUUUGGAGAUACCUACGAAUGUUAUAAUAUAUGAGCGAGCGCCGUCAAAUUUGAUGCACGUUCAUCCUGAGGCGGAAGCCCUGCGCUGCGCUCUACUGGCGAAGCUACGGCAGUGUUAUCAAGAGUUAUGUCACACUCGCGAAUCAAUAGACGCGCCGAAAGAUUCCUUCAACAGGUGGCUGAUGGAACGAAAGGUCAUCGACUGCGGCUCAGAUCCGUUGCUGCCGAGUCAAUGCUUCCCCGAGAUUUCGAUGUCCAUGUACCGCGAGAUCAUGAAUGAUAUUCCCAUUAAGUUGGUAAGGCCAAAAUUCACGGGAGAUGCGAGGAAACAAUUGUCGCGCUACGCCGAAGCGGCGAAGAAGAUGGUGGAGUCGCGAGCGGCGUCGCCCGAAAGCCGGAAGGUGGUCAAGUGGAACGCCGAGGACACUUUCCAGUGGCUGAGAAGAACGGUGGGCGCCACGUUCGACGACUUUCAGGACAGACUCGCCCAUCUGAAGCGGCAAUGUCAACCGCACCUCACGGCGACCGUUAAAGCCAGCGUCGAGGGCAUAUGCCUGAAAAUUUACCAUCUCUCGACAGAGUAUGCGAAGAAGGUGAAAGAUAAAAACAAUCAGAUCCUCAAGGAUAACGGACUCGGGGACGUUAUACCGUUGGGAGGUCCCGCCAGCACGCAGAGAAAAGUUUGGUGUUAUCCAGUGCAAUUUUCCCUUCCCACACCGAGACUUCCACAGGUGGACUACCUCCCCGAGCGCGAGCAGAUACUGCUGCGCUUCCACGGCGACACCAUGUAUAUUAAUAACACGCACUUCGCUAAAUUGGAACAUUUGUAUAGGUAUAACGGUUUCGACGACAAAAAGUUCGAAAUGUUUCUGUCGCGCGUAUGGUGCAUGCUGAAACGCUACCAGACGUACUUCGGAAUCAACGAGGGCCAGGCAACUCAGAUGGCACUUCCGGUGACGGUUUUCGAAUGCCUUCAGAGAUCGUUCGGCGUCACGUUCGAAUGUUUUGCCUCGCCUCUAAACUGUUACUUUCGGCAGUAUUGUUCUGCGUUCGCCGAUACGGACUCGUACUUCGGUUCGAGGGGACCAUUCUUGGACUUCAGGCCGGUCAGCGGAUCGUUCCAAGCAAAUCCACCUUACUGCGAAGAACUUAUGGAAGCUAUGGUCAAUCACUUCGAGCGUCUUCUGGCGGAUUCGACGGAACCUUUGUCGUUCGUGGUGUUUUUACCAGAGUGGCGUGAUCCAGCUCCUAACGCGCUCAUAAAACUCGAGGGCAGUCACUUUAAGCGCAAACAAGUAGUAGUACCCGCCAUGGAACACGAAUACCGACAUGGAUUCCAACAUAUUCUUCCAAAAGGUGAAGUAAAUAUCCGAGCAGUGCACGGCACAUUAGUUGUAUGGUUACAAAAUCCAGCCGGUGCUGCGCGUUGGGGACCUACGGAAGAGCGAGUCGAAGCGUUAUUGGAAGCGUGGCGACCCGGUAGAGAACGGGAAAGAGACAGGCAAGAGCUUCUUUCCCCACCGCGACAAACGCAUCAGCCGAUACCGUCAACGCCAGUGCCUGUGCCUGUGCCGACAACACCAGCUACGCCGACGGUGCCACCUGUACAGCCGCUACCAAGUCAUCCUAUAUAAUUAAGUGAUAUAAUAUAGUUGAACGAACGUGAGACGGCGAGAACGUACAUAUAGAUAUAAAAUAGGAAAAUAAUUUUUCCUAUGCUUGUGGAGAUGAAUAUAUUGUCUCUUGUAAUAUAACUUCUUUGUUAAGGAAAUUUAUUUUAUAUUUUAUCAGAUAUAAAUUUCUGAUAUAGAGAAUAAAAAUGUAAAAAAUGAAAGAAAUGUUA